UUGCCUUGUUUAAUAUCAGUCAAUUAAAAGUUCAAAACAAAAUUUUAAGUAAACAUGUUUCGAAAUUGAGAACCGAAAAUAAAGCUUUAAAGAAAGAAAACAAUGCAUUUAAAAAGAAAAGCGCAAAUGAAUAUUAUUUGAAGCAGUUUGAAAUUAGAUUGUUUGAAAAAGAGAACAAACGUCUCAAAGAACAGCCUGUAGCUUCUGUUAAAACAGUUAUUGUAGGAUGUGUUUUUGUCACAAAACUUAGUAAAUUAAUUUAUGCUAAAUAUUUACAACCACAAGAACAUGACUAUAUCUGUAAAAUGAGUUCCGAAGAUCAGCAACUUUUAAAGGUCAUACAUAUUUGUACUAGAGAUAAGAUACCAA